GGGCCAUCCCACAGUGUUGUGCUCAUACACAGUACGAGGUACUCGUAGCUUUCAUUCCGUUUUGCGUCCACGUCGAUGCCACGACAGAAAGUUAGCGCAGCAUGUGACAGCUGUCGGCGGCGAAAGGUCAAAUGCGAUGCACAAAAGCCCGCCUGCCGUCCGUGUAUCAUUCGGGGAGAGUUGCAAUGUAACUAUAGCAGUAGAGUCAAAUCGCCUCGAAGAAGACAGUACCCCCUGCUGCAGCAACACCCUCAGCAUCCCCAGGGGAGGUAUGGAGGUGAUGUCGCUGAAAGGUCGCCAAUGCUUUUGUCUCGAUCUGCGAAUUCCGACUCGGUGGAUCGGCCACGAUCCACACAAGCACCUGCCUGUUCACCAUCUUUUAUGAUGGCUGACGCUUCACCCGGCACCGCGUCUACCUUGCCGAUCACGGCCGACGCUCUGCUCCCUGAACAAAUUGAUGACCAUGCACCGCAGAGUGCCGACGCCAUGACAGGCGUUGGCAAGGACCCUCUGGCGAGCGUGGAAUUCUUCGGUGGUAGCAGUGCUGCUUCUUUCGCGGCUCAAAUCAAUUCGGCUGUUGAUUCACGUCUCGGGCAAAACCAGACACACUCAUCCAUAGAGAUUGCUGAUGAAGAUAGCGUUGAGGCGAGUGCCAACCAAGAGGCUGCAACAACGUCAAAUUCAGACUACAUGAACCAUCUAGCGUUUGUCCUUCCCCUUAGAACCUUCUCAGAUCGUCUUUUACAGGAAUACUACGACUUAGUAUGGGUCAUCCUCCCCAUACACGACUGGGCAGCCUUCAAACGGGACUAUGAUGCCGUCUGGGUUGGUUCCGAGACCAGCAUACCCCUCAAGCCUCUGUACUGCAUGAUCAACAUGGCGCUCGCGCUGGGCACUCAAUUUUCCCAGGCCGUUCAGCCGGACAAAAGAAGAAAGCUCGGCCAAACAUUCUGGGAAAGAGCCCUUGCAUUAUUCGACCCUAGAAUCCAACAGAGAGCUUCUUUACAAGGACUGCAAUGUCUACUGCUGAUGGGCCUGUUUCUACAGGGUACUCAUCAAUCCCACCAGUGUUGGAUGGUUGUUGGCUCCGCUGUUCGUAUGGCACAAAGCCUAGGGCUACACUUGUCUGGAACGACGACCUCAGCACAAAAUAUCCGGGACAGGGAAAUGCUACGUAGAACGUGGCAUGGAUGCGUCUUUAUGGACCGGGUUAUGUCCAUGACGUUUGGAAGACCGAGCAUGAUUGCAAACUGGCUCUAUGAUGCCGUGCCGCUCCCCGUCAUGAUCGAUGAUGACUUCUUGGAUUCCCAAAGUGAUCCAUCAGAUGUGCGCCCAGAUGGUGGUACGCCAACGAUUGCUUUCUUCGUCAAGUCUGUGCAACUGUACAGCAUAGUGAACGACUGUCUUCUUGAGCUCUAUAUGCAACUGCCAGAAAAAGCUGGACAGAGUGUGGAACAAAUCACUUCUGUUCUUCAGUUUGAUGAAAGGCUACUGCAUUGGGUGCGUUCAAUGCCAGAAGGUCUCCAAUACCCCUCUUCAAUCAAUGCGAGCUUCGCCCUUCAGAGGCAACGAAUCGUCCUCCGCUCCCGAUAUCUUCAUGCUCGAAUCGUUGUCCUCCGCCCAAUACUCACAGAAUCUUGCUUGAAGCAGGUGAAGUCCGACGACAGUCGCCACUCUGCAUCAAAAGAUCAGUUUCUUUCCGACAACCUAAUCGGCCAUUGUUCAAAGAUUUGCUUCGAAUCUGCUCACGAGAUCAUUCGAAUCAUUUAUUCGAACUUGGACCUAGAAACGGUGACCGGUCCUGUCCCGGCUUGGUGGUUUGCAGUCUUGUUCGUAUAUACAGCUGCAACAGUGCUCCUUGCUGAGCGUCUCAGUCAGCUCGUUUCGAAUGAUUCUAUCGUGGAGCCAUGGGCAGCGGAGCCAACCUGGAACCAGGCAAUCCAAUUACUCAAGGCGUACUCCAAGGUUGGAGAAUCUGCCAAACGCUGUGUAGUGGCCUUAGAAAUCCUACUAUCAAAGAUUCAAGGUUGUUGCGGCCCGUCCAGAGUGCCAGCUGAAGCGAACAGCGGGGGGAUGUCUGAGCCCAUUUUUCCUAGCGAGGGACAGGACUCAAGCAUAUUCACUAACGGCGGCCUUGGACCAACCAUGGACUUGGAUGUUCUGAAUCUAGACAUCGACGAUAUGCUCUGGCUGAACACUUCAGCUGCAGAAAUCUUGUUCUGAGGUCGAAAUAGCCCGUACAAUCAAAGAUCCAUGGCAAUUGCGUGCUACGGAAAGUCUAAUCCUAAUCUCCUUGCAAAGUUAAUUUAGGUAAAAUAAAAUUCCUACUAUAGUAAUAAGUAUACUUUACGAUCCGUG